AUGUUAGAAUCGAACAAAAACUUUAAAGGGAAUUUAACUGCACUUGCUCCCUUUUUAGACGUUGAAGGCAUCCUUAGGGUCGGAGGUCGACUUAGCCAAUCCGACCUCAGUUAUUCAAGAAAACAUCCGAUCCUUCUGCCUCAAAGUCACAUGGUUACAAAUCUUAUCAUUCGCGAGAAACAUUUAACUCUCUUUCACGCAGGCACACAAGCCACGCUUAACGCUACUCGCGAAUUCUACUGGAUUGUCAACGGAAAAAAUGCAGUCAAGAAUAUAAGACGACAUUGUGUCACUUGCUGUCGCGCAAAACCACAAACCCUAAACUAUAUCAUGGGAGAUCUACCAAAAAAUCGCACAAUCUUUAAAAGGGCUUUUUUGCAAUCCGGAAUCGAUUUCUGCGGGCCGUUUUACAUUAAAGAAAGAAAAUUUCAAAAUCGAAAAAAAAUUAAGAUCUAUGUUUGCGUUUUCGUAUGUUUCGCGACAAAGGCUGUACACAUUGAAAUCGUCAGCGAUCUGACCACCGAAGGCUUUGUAGCUUGUUUGAGUAGAUUUUUUUCAAGACGAGGAAAAAGCUCGAAUCUGUAUUGCGAUAACGCUACUAACUUUGUAGGGGCAAAAAACGAACUUGCAAAAAUUUCAGAAUUCCUAAGAUCUCAAAAG